UGAAUAUCACGGAGCCAAAGCAUUCAUAAACAUUUGGAAGACAAAUGUUCAACGACGCAAUGAAUUUAGUCUCUCUCAAAUUUGGAUUAUGAAUCAAGAUGAUACUGAUAAUGUCGAAAGCAUCGAAGCAGGUUGGCAGAUUCAUCCAAUGCUAUAUGGGGAUGAUAAACGAAGACUUUUUGCAUAUUGGACAAGUGAUUCAUAUGAACAAACUGGCUGUUAUAACCUACAAUGUCCUGGCUUUGUUCAACUUUCCAAUACGGUAUUGAUGGGAGCCACCCUCCAACCAUUAUCUGUCGAUGGUGGUUCUCAAUAUGGAAUCUCCAUCCUUAUCAGGAAGGAUCCACGAAGUGGGAACUGGUGGAUGAGAUUUGGGGAUACAGAUGUGGGAUACUGGCCAGCUUCUAUGUUUGAUCGCCUGUCUAAGAGUCAAUCAAUAAUACAGUGGGGAGGUGAAGUGAUGAACAAGAAAUCUGAAGGGAAACACACAACAACAGAAAUGGGAAGUGGAUAUUUCGCUCGAGCAGGUUUUGGGAGGGCUAGCUUUUUCAAGGACAUUUCCAUUGUUGAUGAAGAAAAUUAUUUUGUGACUCCCAAGUACUUCAGCACUGUUGCUGGCAAAGCCAUGUGCUACGACAUUGUCCUAGGUGAUUAUUCUGAUGAUUGGGGUGCCAACUUCUACUAUGGUGGUCCCGGAAGAAGCCCAUUUUGUCAAACUUAA